AUGUUGGAGCGGUUUCUAUCAAUUUUUAUCUUUUUCUUCUAUCUUAUGGAUACUGUAUUAGCCUCAAAGGACAACUACAACAACGACAAAGCCGAUGAUCCGAGUCGAUGGUCCAUGCUUGUUAUUCGUCUCGACGUGGCAGCUUCGCCUUCGUGUCGAGUCAGGUCUUCCUCAGUGAGCCAUCUUCUCGAAUGA